UUGACAAAAGAAAAUUUAUGGAAUGGUUUGGUUUCUCAAUACAGUAACUGCUGGCUUACACGUCUGUGAAUUGUUUACUACUGGUUCGGUUAAUCGGUUUGCUUCGGAUUUGGCUGAAUCGGUACGGUUCAUCCGGAUUGUAGAACUCUAGUGCUUGGCUCAAUAUUAAGUUGAGCCAAAGUGCAAGGAUCGAUACAAGCGGCAUAUUAAUUUUUAUUUUCUUUCCGCAUCUAACUUUUUUUAUAUAUAAGUUUAUUAAUAACAAACCACAAACUCUAAAGUUUAUAAAAAUAAUUAUGAAUUGUUUUGAUCGUUGGGCAUUGAACUUAUUGGAACUGAAAUGGAUUAAAUAUCUUAUAAUCAGAAUAGGAAUAAAAUUAAGUUUCUUUGUUAAGGUCUUCGGCCGUAUAUCUUCCAGUAUUUGUUCAUACAUAUGAUGGAUAAUAAAUAAUAAUCUUUUGCAAAUCUCGAGCAUACUCAAAAUUUAAUAAAGUAAUAUCUUAGCGUACAAGAGUAAGACCAUUAAAGUUUUUUAAUCGCCGAGAUGAUAUAUGUCUAUAAUUCUAUAGUUAUAAAUUUUAAAUUAAAGAAAGACUAUUAAUAUAAUCCACCAUAAUGACUCACCUUUUUAUCAAGAAGCUCUAUUUCCUCCAUUUCUUCUCUUCUUUUUCACGUCUCCUCUUUCAUUGAUGCUCUCAGGAACAAGCUUGAUAACUAACAUCCUUGGAUGUCCAGAGACAGAGAAAGAUUUAGCGAGUACCACGAGAUCGUGAAGAAGGUAAAGAAAGAUCCAACCUUCGAAAAGACGACGGAUCAUGCUGUGAUGGGAAUCAGGAGACAUGUCGCGGUGCCUCCAGGGACAACGUUGAACACCGUGACUCCAUGCGCCGCUUGUAAGCUCCUCCGCCGUCGUUGCGCGGAGGAAUGUCCUUUCUCGCCAUACUUCUCGCCUCACGAUCCUCACAAGUUCGCCGCCGUUCAUAAAGUCUUCGGCGCCAGUAACGUCUCCAAAAUGCUUUUGGAAGUUGGAGAAAGUCAGAGAGGAGACGCAGCAAACAGUUUAGUCUAUGAAGCCAACUUAAGACUGAGAGAUCCAAUAUACGGUUGCAUGGGCGCAAUCUCCGCUCUUCAGCACCACAUUCAAUCUCUCCAAUCGGAACUCACCACCGUCCGUACAGAAAUCCUCCGCCACAAAUACCGAGAAGCCGCCACAAUCACUUCCUUACAAAACAACAACAACUUCAACAAUACUACAACAUCAGUGUCUGAUCAGGCUGCUCUCGCUGCGUCCAUUCUGCUCCCACCUCCACCGCCACCGCCUCCUCCUCCACGACCACCAAGGCUGUCGUCUUCUCAGCCAGCUCCAACGCCUACGCCACCGGCUUCUUUACCGUCUCCGUCGAUGGUGGUGUCUUCUUCGUCUUCUAAUUCAUCUGCUACCAAUUCUAUAUAUAAUCCUCCUCCGUCUUCGACGGCUGGAUACAGUAAUUCUCUGUCCAGUGAUAACAAUGUCCAUUACUUCGAUUAAAUCAGAAUUGUAUUCUUGAUUCUGCUUUCUUGAAUGCUAUUGUUUUACCCCUUAUAAGCUAGACGCUUCACUGUUGAUCCAUGCUGAGGAAAGGGCGUGAAUGUUUUGUUUAUUUGUUUUUCAUGUAGAUUAACAAUUACAUUACUUUACAUUCAGUUUUGCUUUCGUGGUCUUGCGUACAAGACACGUACACGACUUUGCACUGUAAGUUCAUAUGGAAAAGCUUAAGAUGAUAUAUUAUAGAUAUGCAUUUGAUGUGAUUUCGCCCUUUUUCUACUGUUAUAUUCUAUGUACUAAUAAAAAUAAUUACG